AGCAGUCUGUGCAGUGACUCUAACCAGAGUCAGCUUUCCAUCUCUCUCUGAAAACACUUCAUUUUCUCAGAAUUUCAGGAGACUACAAAAUCCCCUGGAUCACCUUCUGAGAGAUUUACUAUUUACUUUUUUAUCUUCACACACACACACACACACACACACACACACACACACACACACACACACACACACACUUGCUUGCUCACUUGCUCAUUCACUCACAGCUUCCUGCCCUGCAAAACUGGAUACCACUGAAGAAUUUUCUGAAGAGGCUUAUCCAUGACUGGAGAGAUGGUGAAUUACUACAAGCAAAUUGUUCUUCUGUCUGGAUUAGAAUAUAUGAAUGACUAUAACUUUAGAGCACUUAAGUCCUUACUGAACCAUGACCUAAAACUGACUAAGAACAUGCAAGAUGAUUAUGACAGAAUUAAGAUUGCUGAUUUAAUGGAAGAAAAGUUCCCAGGGGAUGCUGGAUUGAGUAAACUGAUAGAAGUAUGUGAAGACAUUCCAGAACUUGCAGAUCGUGUUGAUAUACUUAGAAAAAAGAAGGAGAAAGUUAAAAAUAAAACCAAAAUAAAAUCUGAAUCCAGUCCUCUCCCACUUACCUCCAGCCUGAUGGAAGCUUGGGAAGUAGAACCAGCUAUGGUGACAGCUUCAUCAGAGGAAAGCAAAGACACUAUCCCUGAAUCACCUGUAACCAUGACAACACAGUUUUUGGAGGAAAAGCCUAAGUUUCCAUUACUUUCAGCAACCAGCACAAGCCAGGUUGAGCGGGAACUCCUGACUCCUCAGAGGUUUCCAACAACAGCCUUCAGCAGUCUCCAGACAUCCCUGGAGCCUACAGAAAUAUCGUCCACCAUAUUGGCAACAUCUCAGGGUUCUUCAGCACCAUAUUCCACCUGUGAAAAAUCUUCUCGGGUGCCUCCAGUGACAGCCUCCAGCAGCACCCAGACCAUCCAGACCUGUCUGGCAACCUCAACACUUCCUUGUAGUCACAAAGCUACUCUGAAGUCUCCGAAAACAGAGCCCAGCAGUGUCCUGGCCACUCAGAUGACUCAAGCCAUAAAGACAAGUGGUCAUAAUCGUCCUCAGGUGCCUGCAGCAGCAGUAUCCAGUAGUUUCAUUAAAACUCAGGUAACCCCAGCAAGGUUACUCAGUGGUGUCCAAACUCCUUUGAUGCCUCGAGCAACAGUGCCCAGCCGUGCCCAGACCUUUGAAAUGAACCCAGCAACAAUGACCAAUGGUUGUAAUAGUCCUCAGAUAUCUACAGCAACAAUACACCGCACAACAAUAUCUAGCAGUUAUAGUAACCCUCAUGUGACUCCAGCAAUAGUGCCCCACAAUGCCCAAAUGUUGCAACAGACCCCAGCAGCAAUGACCAGUGGUUGUAACAGUCCUCAGAUUCCUCAUGUUUCUGCAGCAACAAUAUCCAGCAGUUAUAGUAACCCUCACAUGACUCCAGCAACAGUGCCCCACAAUGCCCAAACCUUGCGACAGACCCCAGCAGCAAUGACCAGUGGUUGUAACAGUUCUCAGAUGUCUGCAGCAACAAUACCCAGCAGUUACCAAAAUUCCCCUCAGGUGUCUUCUGCAACAAUGCCCAGUUUUCCUGCCAUGUCCCUGUCUCCAGCAGCACCACCCAAGAAACCAAGACUGAAGAAAGUACCUAAACAACCUUCUGAAGAAGAUGGUCACCAGCAAGGUUUCAAACAAGUGAUGGUGUUAAAAGUAACAGAACCAUUCACAUAUGACAUGAGAAAAGACAAAAGAAUGUUCCAUGCCACCGUGGCUACUGAGACUGAAUUCUUCAGAGUGAAGGUUUUUGACAUAGCCCUCGAGGAAAAGUUCAUCCCCAAGAAAGUCAUUGCCAUCUCAGAUUAUAUUGGCUACAAUGGGUUUCUAGAGAUAUACACAGCCUCCUGCGUAUCAGAGGUGAAAGACAGCAAUGUGAUGAAUAUCCCAACUUCCCUGAGACAAAGAGCCAACGCAACACCUAAAAUUAGUACUCUUUGUACACAAGAAGCAGGAACAUUUGUGAAUGGAACAUUUACAGUAUAUGAGAAAACAGUGAGGAGUGAAUUCAUUUACUAUGGAAUAGAAGAUCGAACGGGGAGGAUGGAAGUGGUGGUCUAUGGACAAUUUACCAAACUGUACUGUGAGCCUGGGGAUAAGCUUAGACUCUACUGCUUUGAACUGAGCUCCAGUUUGGAUACGUGGCAGCUGAGAUCUGUGAGGCACAGUUAUAUGCAGGUCAUCCAGGCUAGGAAGAGAGACUAUGAACUUCCCAAUGUUCAUGCAAUUAUUGAAACAGCUCAAAGUUCACUCUCAUGGAUCCCUGAACAACAAUGGUAAUGAUGCUGUGCUGAUAAGCUGCAAGUGCAGAAGAAAAAACAAUGUAUAUAUGGCAUAUAGUGAAAAAACACCUGUAAAAUCCAGCUCUUGAUCCUAGGAAAUAAUAUUCCUUUAA